CGAGGACGGAGGAGGAGAAGUCAGUGAGAACGACAUCACACCAGAGCAGGCUCACCCAGACCAGGCUGGUGAGGUGGAGACUCCCAGCCGGGGAGAUGAGAGGAUGACCACAAUAACAAACCAGCUGAGCUGUGAACUGACCCUCCACACGGUGCUGAGAGAGCUGGGAGCCAUGGGGGAGAGGCUGGAGACGGCUGUCAGAGCCCUGGAAGACAUGAAAGUGAAGAUGGAAGCCAGCAAGAGCCAAGUGUCAACACUGAACACUGCGGUGAAUGAACUAAAGAGAAUAAAUCAAGAGAGACCUCACGUGGCAUUUUCUGCAACACUGGGAGGGGGUUCUGAUGUUAAAAUUGGACCGUUUAAUAAAGAUUAUCCCCUUGUCUUCCGGCGUGUUCUCAUAAACAUUGGGAAUUCCUACAAUCCAUCCUCAGGAAUGUUUACUGCCCUAGUCAGAGGAAUCUACCAUUUUACCUUUACUGCUUUUGACUGGGAUGUCACAGGAGGCAGUUUGACCAAAAAUGGACAGAAAAUUGUGUCUUGGUACGACAAUGGAGAAGGAAGUGCCAAGUCCUCGUCCAACAGCGCCACCCUCAUGUUAGAAGUGGGAGAGCAGGUUAAUGUAAUGCUUUGGAAAGGACUUCACAUUAGUGAUAAUGUCAACCACUACUCCUCAUUCAGUGGUUUUCUUCUCUUUCCCAUGAAGGAAAACAUGUGAUUAGAUAAUACCAGAAUGAGAUGCCUACAAUUUGAGAGAAAACUGUAAUUUGUGAAAAUGUUUGCCUGCUGUUCAACAAUUCGUGCAACCAAAUUGAUGCAAAGAUACCAUGGCCUAUAACAAUAAUAAUCCCACAUCCUAUACAAUGUUCUUUGUAACUUACAUACAUGGACAUUUUAUGAUAUAAUGACACUUGUAUAAAAUGUUUGCAAUAAAAUUGAAGGGGAAAUAAUAAAUAAUACAUUAUUGGGUUAUUUACUGAUGGUAAAAUCUCAACCAGCAUAAAGACAACUUCAAACAUCGGCUAGUUACCGUUGACACCUUUAAAUUUGUUAUCACUUUUAUAACAUUACAUUAAUGCAUGAUGGCAAUUUCAAAGAGAUCUUGCAUUGAAAUAGGUUGUGUGCAGCCUAAGUGUAAUGCAUUUUAGUGGUUACAAUAGUUUUUUUUACUGAGGACUCAAAACGUUGCAAAAGCAAACAUUUCCUAGGCCUCUCUCUCUCUUACAAAAGUGGCUGAGUAAGUUUUCAGU